GAUGAUCUAUUGAAUCAGCUUACUGAUUAUCAGACUGUUAUACCAACCUUAGUUGAUGAAGAGGGUCACUUUGUCAGCUAUAAUGUGGGACAGGACAAUGUUAUACGAUCGAGAAGUCGGAGAAGCGCAGUGUAUUCCAACAAUGUCGAUGGUAAUUCAAGCAAAUCGAGGGUUUUUUACAAAUUAUCGGCAUAUGGAAAAGAAUUCAAUUUUAACCUGACUUUGAAUACUCAGUUGUUAUCUAAGAAUUUUGUGGUAGAAAAUUGGAGUAAAAAGGGCGUAGAAAAAAUGCCCAACAUCCACGAUUGUUAUUAUGUUGGAUAUAGUUCCGGUCCUUAUAAAUCUAGAGCUGCUAUUAGUAAUUGUAUGGGUUUGCAUGGUGUUUUUAGUACUGAAGAAGAAGAUUAUUUUGUUGAACCACUAUGGAAUACUACUAAUAAAGUAGAAGAUGAAGGUUACCCUCACAUCGUCUAUUCUAGAUCGUCUUUAAAACUUAAAGAUAGAUUCCUUCACUGUGGUGUUAAAGUAUUGAAACCAAGAAACAAUAAACGUUAUCACUAUACCUAUAAAGAUAAGAGUAAAAAGAAAAGAAGAAAACCAAGGUCUGUGAGUAGAAACAGGAAUGUGGAAAUGUUGGUUGUAGCAGAUAAAAGAAUGGUUGAUUAUCAUAAAAAGAAAGAAAUAGCACCAUAUGUUUUAACAGUAAUGAACAUUGUUGCUAAAUUAUUCCACGAUCCAAGUAUAGGAAAUUCCAUCAAUAUCAUAAUAACAAGACUAGUUUUACUCUCAGAAGAUCAGUCUGGAUUAGAAAUAAGUCAUCAUGCUGAUAGAUCGUUAGAUAGUUUUUGUAAAUGGCAGCAGACUAUCAAUGGACCAGAUGAUAAAGACGGUGUUGAUAGUAAUGGAAUAGCACACCAUGAUAAUGCUAUAUUAAUAACCAGAUUUGAUAUAUGUACUUAUAAAAAUAAACCAUGUGGAACACUUGGAUUAGCACCAGUAGCAGGAAUGUGUGAAGAAGAUAGAAGUUGUAGCAUCAAUGAAGAUAUUGGAUUGGCCUCGGCCUUUACAAUAGCUCAUGAAAUUGGUCACAAUUUUGGAAUGCAUCAUGAUGGAGCAGGUAAUCCUUGUGGUACCCCUGGACACGAAAGUGCACGAAUAAUGGCUGCUCAACUUACUAAAGACACUAAGCCGUUUCUAUGGUCAAGCUGCAGCAAGGAAUACAUCACCAGCUUCCUAGACUCUGGUAGAGGACAUUGUCUUAAAAAUACUCCACCACAGAGAGAAUUUGAUUUCCCAGAUCAGCUGGCUGGUGAACGACAUGGUGCUAAUGAACAAUGUAAACUUCAGUUUGGGGAAAGUUCGAGGGCUUGUAACAUGAAAAAUGUUUGCGCUGAGUUGUCGUGUAUCGAUAAGAAAAGAGAAUGUGUAACUAACAGUAUACCGGCAGCUGAAGGAACCCAAUGUCCUCUUACAAGCAGAAAGAACGGGUGGUGUUAUCGAGGAACAUGUAGAUCCAAAUAUUUCACACCAAAACCAGUGGAUGGUAAUUGGGGUGGUUGGUCUGAAUGGGGAGGUUGUUCUAGAACUUGUGGUGGUGGAGUGUCAGCUAGUCACAGGAACUGUAGUAAUCCACCAGCUCGUCAUGGUGGUAAAUAUUGUACUGGUGAGAGGAAGAGAUAUCGAUCAUGUCAAAUAAAGCCAUGUCCCCAAGAUUCAGUUGAUUUUCGAGUGGUGCAGUGUCAUAAUUCAGACAAUGAGACGUUUAGAGGAAGACAUUAUACAUGGAAACCCUAUACAGGAGUACAGGUGAAGCCUUGUGCCCUAAUUUGUAUGGCCGAAGGUUACAAUUUUUACACUGAGAGAAAUCCCAAAGUCUUAGAUGGUACAAAAUGUUAUCCGGAUAAAUUAGAUGUUUGUAUCAGUGGAGACUGCCACAAAGUGGGAUGUGAUGGAUAUUUAGGAUCAACCUUAAGGGAAGAUAAAUGUCGUGUUUGUGGUGGUGAUGGUACAACAUGUAAAACUAUAUCAGGAUUAUUUACUAAACCAUUACCAAAAGGGUCAUACCAUGAAAUAGUGAAAAUUCCAAUUGGUGCAAUGAAUGUAAAAAUAGAAGAAGCCACGUUCUCACAAAACUACCUCGCAUUGAAGAAUGAAGGAGAAAGAUACUAUAUAAAUGGAGAUUGGACUAUUGACUGGCCUCGAAAAUUCCAGUUAGCUGGAACCGUAUUUCAUUAUGAAAGGCAAGACAGUCAACCCGAGUUAUUAGAAGCUGUUGGUCCCACAAGAGAAGCGCUAGUUGUAAUGAUGUUACUUCAAGAAGAAAAUAAAGGAGUGAAAUAUGAAUAUAAUUUAGCAUUCAAUAAAACCCACACAAAUCAUGAUAUAUCAUUAUAUACCUGGGAUCAUUCACCUUGGUCCAAAUGUUCCAAAACAUGUGCCAAGGGUUUACACAUAUCAAAACCACAAUGUGUUCACAAAAGCAAUUCUAAUAUAGUCCCUGAUAAGUAUUGCCGUCCUCAACCACGACCCAGUGAUCAUAGAAAAGUUUGUAAUCCCCAACCAUGCCCUCCCUCAUGGACGUUCAGCGGUUGGGGUGAUUGCAGUCAAUCCUGUGGUGGUGGUAUACAGACUAGAACUGUUGUAUGUGACAGUACAGUCGGAGAUGGAGAACCUAAAGAAGUGGUUGAUGAUUCUAAAUGUCUUGAAGAAAAACCAUCAGUUGAAAGAACUUGCGGUAAAGUGGAAUGUCCGUCAGUCUGGUUUACAGAUGAAUGGUCUGUGUGUAGUCCAAGUUGUGGGGUUGGAGAGAAGAAGAGAAGAGCUUUCUGUAUGACCAGUGAUGGUAAAACAUACCUGAAAGAAAAUAAAUGUGGCGUCAAAAAUAAACCAAUUACCAGAAAGAUUUGUAUUAAUAAAGAUUGUUCACCUCCAAAGUGGGUAAAGGGUGAAUGGGGAAAGUGUUCUGCAGAAUGUGGAAGAGGUCAUCAGAGGAGAAAUGUCCAAUGUCACGCAUCAAAUGGUGAUGUGAGUAAGAAUUGUGACAGACGAUUAAAACCCGUAACAGUUCGUACCUGUGAGAGGAAAUGUGACAAAAAGGCAGAGAAUGAAGAAUGUGUUGAUAAAUACAAAGUUGCAUACUGCCCGUUAGUUUUAAAAUUUAGAUUCUGUAACAGAGAGUAUUUCCAGAAAAUGUGUUGUUUAACCUGUUUAAAACAUGCAGCUAAACGUGGAUAA